AUGUUUCCAGUCAGACCUAAUCGAGACGAUAGGAAGAAGACCAAAGUCUCGACUUCGAAGCAAUCCCAGACCCGCCUUUCAACCAAGGAUCAGGACAAUCUAUCUUCCUCCACCUUACGUCGGUCCUCGAUGCCCGGACUUGACUCAAGUCGAUCGGGGGCUUCCUCAUUCCUCGAAUCGAGAACAAGUCUACCAUAUCCUAAUUUCUCCAAAGCACAUAGCAAGGAGAACGUUCGCAAAGGAGAUAAUCCCCCCACACCAGAUGCGACCGAUAUAACGGAACACGAUGAGAAGACCCCCAGCCGCGAACACCAUGCGCCACCCAGUCCCCCGUUGACCGGUUUAGACGAUCAAUCAAGGAAGGGCAGCGUCAUCGAUGACAAGGAGAAUGAGAAGCCUAAGAAGAAAACAAGUAUCAAGAUUCGAGCGGAAGUCAACAGGUCAUCAUCGAGUCUCCGGUCGAAAAGAGAUGAGAGCACUAAGUCCAAGUCCAGCAAGACUUCGCGACCGGAGACCCCUACAAGAUCUAAAAGCACCAAGGAUGACAAGGAGCCAUCUCAACGCUCGUCGGGUCACAAGAUCAAGUCUACCGUUCCCGAUGAGAAGAAAUUACCCAAACGGUCGAGUCGCUCGACCAUGUCUGCCUCACAGUCGAACCUUACAAUUCGUGAUGAUGAUGCAGUGUCGCCCAAUGGAUCCGAUGUGACUUCCAUUGCGCCCAACCAGCAAUACUCGUUGCCGCGAAAACCAAUGACUCCGCCCACAAAACCUCCCUCUCGAACUCAGAACCGAUCGGCCAUGUCCCAUCGUCGCACUCCCAGCGAAGAGUCAAUCGACUAUGUGAAACCAAGCCCGAAUGCUUUUGGUGCACCCCCGCCGCCUCCUCCUCCGCCAGCAAUCGUCGCCAUCCCUCGAGUCGAUUACCUGCUGAAAAACGGUGGUUUGGAAAAUAAAGUCUCGAGGGCACUGCUUGCUGGCCUGGGCCAGACCGAUCCCUUUAUACCAGGACAACCACAGUCCCGGUCUGUUGCUGGCAAGAUCUUCGAUCCUUACAACCGCUUACUCGAUGACUAUGCAAAGGUCAUGAGUAAGAAUGGGUCGCUUGCAGUAGCCACAGGGUACCGGUCCGUGGCGCGGCGUCUGUUGGAUCGUCUGGAAGCGGUAUUCGCGCGCGAUAUUUCUUCGGAGCCAUGCAGCUGUCAGAUCUGCGUACGAGCGGAGCCCGACGAUCGACCGGACGGAGUGAGCUGGGGCGAGGUUUUGGAGCUUGUCUCUGGUCGUAGGGAACUUCCUAUGUGGCCGCCGUUCAUGAUGGCACCGACCACCGUAGAUGCUGUGUCAGGCGAUGAGCACGUGCCCAUGCAGAAACUGGACAUUGAUGUCCCGGAAGAGUACCGCGAGCACUUCAUACGACAAUCACGAAAGACCAAGGUCGCUGUGGACAAGUGGCUUUCUGAGCAGAAUGAUUCAGGAACCAGUGCACCGAACGAGGUCGAUGAUGAGACAUUGACCUUCGCCAUGCUGACGCAUCUUGAAAACCACCAGCGCUCGUUGUUCUGUUCGUUGCUUGGUAUCAAUGCCUCAACUCCUGUCCCACGAUCCGACGACGAAAAGCCCCGACCGAAACCUUCGGCGCUUGUCUCUUCUGCUUCCGCUAUCCAGCGCCUCUACCGGCUUUCUUCUCUUCCUCGCGACCCAGAAACUGCUAUGUACAUGUUAAACAACCCCAGUAUCCAUCAUGUGCUAGCGACUCUCUCCGCGAUCAGCGACGAUGAAUGGGAAAUUCUCAUCUCUGGCCGAUUCGACGGUUUCCUCCGCAGCGGUGCAGAAGACUCCGGCCCCUCGGCGAAUGCAAACAGCUCCCGCUGGAACGGCAGUCGCUCCAGCACACCUUUGGGCGGAGGUAUCUCCCGAGGACCAACACCGAACUACAUGGACGGCAGUUUCCGCCCACCCAGUCAGUCUAACGGGCCGUCAUCACCAGCCUCGUUUGGAGGCCCGAUCGCGUUGGACGAGGAGACAGAAAUCGCUGCGCUAGCCGAGGUCGAGCGCGACAUCUUCCUAGGCAUGGAAGCGCUAGAAGAUGCAUUCGAGGCCCUACAUCUCAAAGCCGAAGUUGUGCGUCGCGCCCUACGCGAACGCGGUGCGGGUCUCGCAAUCGCCAACCAAAGCCGCCGCGGCUCUACCGUCGAGGCGCGCAUGGGCACGCCGUUCUCUGCUGUUGGAGCACAUGACAGCGCUGAGGAAGACUUCCUGGAUGACGACCGCUCCCUUGCGCCGGAUGACUCGGCGAGCAAUAUUAGCUCGAACCGUCGGCGCAGGCCGAAGAGACGGACGGAGCGACGCACCCCCGCGCCCGUUGAAGAAGAAGACGAGGACGACGACAGAUCGCCUGUUCGACCUCGUGGUUCGCGACGGAGGUAG